AUGGCGAUGCCCACGACAUUGCAGGACCAUGGCAAGUGUCCCGUCACCAAGGAGGACCUCACCAUGGAUGAUAUCGUGCCGGUCAAGACCAACAAGGUCGUGAAGCCCAGGCCUUUGCAGGCUGCAAGCAUUCCAGGACUCCUUGGGAUUUUUCAGAACGAGUGGGAUGCUCUCAUGCUUUCUAAUUUUGCUUUGGAGCAGCAGCUUCACACAGCAAGACAAGAACUUAGUCAUGCGCUCUACCAGCAUGACGCUGCCUGCCGUGUUAUAGCUAGAUUAAAGAAGGAAAGGGAUGAGGCUAGAGCACUUUUGGCUCAAGCUGAGAGACAAAUUCCUGCAUCAGUUGCAGGAGCUGCUCCUGCAGCUGUUGUUUCCAAUGGAAAAAGUGCAAUGGAAGAUGAAAUUGACCCUGACGGGAAGAAGAUUCGUCCUGGUAUCAACCCUGUCAUGAUUGAUGAACUUACAGAGUGUAAUACCAUUCUUUCAGCACAGCGUAAGAAAAGACAGGUUCCUCCAACUCUGGCACCGAUCGAUGCACUCAAGGGAUACACUCAAAUCUCCAGCCAUCCCCUUCAUAAGACAAACAAACCAGGCAUUUUGUCCAUGGAUGUUCAUCCUUCAAAGGACAUUGUUGCAACUGGGGGUAUCGAUACAAAUGCAGUACUCUUUGAUCGGGCAUCUGGUCAAAUCUUGUGCACGCUUACUGGUCACUCGAAGAAGAUAACCACUUUGAAGUUUGUUCCACGGGAUCAACUCUUUGUAACUGGAUCAGCAGAUAAGACUGUUCGCAUUUGGCAAGAGAAUGAGAAUGGAAGCUAUAACUGCGUCCAUACAUUGAAAGACCAUACUGCUGAGGUUGAAGCUGUUACAGUACAUGCAACUCAGAAGUAUUUUGUGAGUGCUUCCAAGGAUAACUCGUGGUGCUUCUAUGAUAUGUCAACAGGAUCUUGCCUGACACAGGUUGGCGAGGCUUCAGGACAAGAAGGAUAUACAUCCGCGGCUUUCCAUCCAGAUGGUCUUAUCCUUGGAACUGGAACUACUGAUGCUAUUGUUAAAAUUUGGGAUGUGAAGACUCAGUCAAAUGUCGCAAAGUUUGAGGGGCAUGUCGGACCAGUCACUGCUAUGUCUUUCUCUGAAAAUGGUUACUUCCUAGCGACUGCUGCUCAUGAUGGUGUCAAGCUUUGGGAUCUUCGGAAAUUAAGAAAUUUUAGGACCUUCUCUCCCUAUGAUUCGGACACGCCAACCAAUACUGUGGAAUUUGAUUUUAGCGGAAACUAUCUUGCCAUUGGUGGUUCAGAUAUAAGGGUCUACCAAGUAGCAAAUGUUAAGAGCGAAUGGAAUCUUAUCAAGACAUUACCUGAUUUAUCAGGAACAGGGAAAGUAACCUCCGUAGAGUUCGGAGCAGAUGCUAAGUACAUAGCCGUAGGUUCUAUGGACCGCAAUCUACGGAUAUUUGGCCUCCCUGGAGAUGCCCAAAUGGAAGAAUCAAACACAGCGGCCGAGUGA